GUAGGCAUGGCUUUUGUUAGAGUGCAAGGAGGACCCCUAUAAAGUGAAUACAUUAACUACAGUUACAGUAGUGACAACUACUACAAACAACUAGGCAACUCUACAAACUGUUGAAAUAAUGAAACUUACUUAAUGAGUAAUUACAUAAGGUACACGUCACAGGUAUAACAAGAAAGUGUAUUAUGCUGGUUUUCCAGUUUUACAUACAUUAGGUCUUUACAUAAAUGGAGCUUAUGCAAAGGAUUCUUCUCAUAAAAAUCCCAUAGCCAUAUUAACAAGAAAACAUUGUGUCACUCCCUUCUGGUUAAAACCCCUAACAUUUGAACAUGCUCAGUCAUGAGCUGAAAGGGAUGGGCUUCAGACCUCGCAGUGAGACUUCCCACAUGUGCUGCAUUCUUUGUGGAGCACUUUAGAGUCUCUGGCGCAUCUGGAGCAGCUUAACUUUAAAUAGACAGGGAAGAAGUUAACUGCUUACAAAUGGUGUUCAUCCUUUCACAUACGUGCAUAAUUCAGGUCUGCUGAACUGACUUUUAGGCCAUCUGGAGAUCAUGUUUAUUGGCAAGUAGUAAAGUUUAAAUGUUUAUAUGUGCAUCUUUGAGUGUACAUAUGUCUGUGUUAAGGGGUUGGCUGACCACUCUGGACAGCCCCUUCCUGAGAACACUGCUGUUCACACACAGGAAGUCAAGACCAAGAGAAGGACGGUAGAGAAAGAGAGAACUUUUCUCUGAAAUUUAUUUUCUGCUAGGUGAAGAGAAAUACAUCUCUGUUAAAAGAAAACGGGAGAAGAGAAAUGCAAAGGGCGAAGAUGGACGAGGUCAGGGUGCCUGUAUGAGAGGUAAAGGGAAACACAAAGAAGCAAGGUCUCAGACGGGAAGAAAAAAAAAAGUUUGUGGUGUAAGAAACCCAACGAUGAAGAAAACAGCUGUUGCAACCAAGGACUCUAAAACAUCUAGUGGGUUGUUCCUCAGAUCGCUCUAAAUCACUAAACCAGAGAUCCCUUGUUUCAUUUUCAGCCUUAUCUCCUUAUCUCCUUACUCUUAAAUAUGCACCAUGAUGUCCUCGGCUACUGCCACAUCACCUACUGUCAUCCCCAAACCUACAACUCCGUCUUCUUUGCUUUCCGACUGUUCUUCCUCACCAACAUCCACAACACCGGUCCACUUGGUUGACAUUUCAGUUAACCCAGCUCCACUAAAUCCCCAAAAGUCCACCUCCCCUCCUCUGCCUCUCUCGCCUCCUUCCUCAAUUCGAAAACCCCAAAGUUCUCAGCCACCUCUCAACUCCAAACCUUCUGUCCCUCCUCAUCACAAAACAAAGGCUCCUAAGCCCACAUGCCCACCUCUUCCAGCACAGCAGCCUUCAGCAAUCCCCAAAGCAUCCUCAACAGCCAUGUCCAAAGCCCCUCCACGGCCAAGUUCUAAACCCUUAUCACAACCUCUUCAGAGACCCCCCCCGCCACUCACUGCAAAAACUCCCGCUGUACCAUCCCCACCUGUCCAAACCAAGAAAUCAGCCCAUCCCAGCAUUAGCAUCUUGGAGAAGCUGAUCAAGACAUGUCCAGUGUGGCUACAGUUGGGAAUGUCCAAGGAAAGAGCUACCCGUGUACUCAACAAGGAGCUGCCUGGGAUCUUUUUAGUGAGGAGAGACCGGGGCCAGUCGCUGAUGGUAGUGUCAGUUCGUCUUCCAGACCAGAAGGGAGUUCCCCAGAUCCAGGACUUGCAUGUGAAAGAAGAAAGGGCGAUGCUGUAUCUUGAAGGUUCUGUCCUGGUCUUUGACAACAUAUUUAAACUCAUUGCAUUCUACUGUGUUAGCCGGGACAUCCUCCCCUUUACCCUGAAAUUACCUCAGGCCAUCAUCCAGGCAAUUAAAUAUGAAGACAUGGAGGUGAUCUCCACACUAGGAGUAGAAUUCUGGGGCUCAGAGCUAAAUAGUCACAUUCGGGAAGAUCUGAGUAAAUCUGCAGACCGCAGUGUCUCCGGAGAGAUUAAGUGUCCCUCUGGAAAUGAACAUCUUUGGUACGUCAACCCCAUCUUCAUUGAGGAAUACUAUAACAGUCUGCCUCCCAACUCUCCUACACCUAUCCUGAGGUCCCAAAGCCUCAACAUGCCUGUUCAGGCUCUGCCAAAAUUCAAGAGGCCCCCACCACUACCACCACGUCCACUCACAGUUUCCGAAGAUGCACUGACGCAAGUGUCAACCAAGGUGGACAGAGAGAAGUUUACGUCAGAGGAGGCUUCACUUCUCUUGCUAAGUUCUCCUCUGCCUGUUGUGCAAAAAGAGGAAGGAAGUCAUUGUGGGUAUAAAAAGGCAGAAGGAACUCUAUUAUCCAGUUCUGAGGCAGAAACGUCAAACAAACAAGAUGCAGCACAACCAUGCCUGAUUGAAGCAACAAAACAGGGUACUGGUGCCCUUUCCCACAAGAUUCCCCCAGUCCCACUCCGACGCCGGAUUUCAGAGAGCCAACCCUCAGGAGAAGAAGUCCAGCCGGAAGCUUUAAAGGAAACUGUCUGUGCAUCUGUAGCAGCAGAGACCAAUGAGGACCCUAGUGCUGCUGUGUCUCUUAUUUGCCUUGAUGACAGUAGCAUGGACCAAUGGGUGAGUGGACAGUCUGGACAAUCUAAAACACCACAAGAAGAAGAUCUGGGUGAUCAAUCAAAAAUUUCAAAUGGAGAUUCCACUGUGAAUAUGCUUCCAGUAAUUGACUUAAAGAAGCCUGGUGCUCCAGUGCCACCUCCUAGGAAAAAACGUAUGUCUCAGAUCACGACAACUAUUUCCCAAGAUGCCAGCAAUAACUCUGAAGGUGUUACCCAAGAGCUCAUCCACAUCACUCCACAGCCCACUCCAACGCUCCAGAACCUUUGUGUCAAUGCAGACCACCCCAAAGUUCCGGAUGUGUCAUUAUUUGCCCCUGAAGGAGGUGCUCCCCAGCCGGAUCAUGACUCCUACUCCACAAGCAGCACAGAGGAAGAGGCAGAGCCUACCUCGAUGGGUGCCUUAGUGAAGAGGUCACCCACUGUUAUGCUAGACCGUGCUAAGCAGCGGCUCUCCAUGGUGAACUUCUCCACCGUCUUCACAAGCUUCAUGUGUACUGACCGCAAGCUUCAGAAACGGAUUGUGGAGCUUGCUAGAGAUGGGAGCACAUACUUUGGUAACCUGGUACAGGACUACCGGGCCUUUACGCUGGACACUAUGAGGAGGCAUUCCUCCAGUACAGAGAUGCUCCAAGAGAUCAGACAAAUGAUGACACAGCUCAAGAGCUAUCUGAUCCAAAGCACAGAGCUGCAGACUCUGCAGGAGCCAGCUAUUUAUUCUGAGGAGAAACUGGAGAUAAUCAUUGAGGCAUCACUUUAUAAGAGUGUUCUGAAGCCCUUAAGAGAGGCAAUAUAUAAUGGGCUGAGGGACAUCCACUCCCGUGCAGGCACUCUGAAGAAGCUCAAGGAAAAUCAGCAGAUAGUCCUGGGCACCACCACCACAGAUUUGGGUGUGACCACUUGUGUUCCUGACUCACCUGUCAUGGAGAAGAUCCAAGCGAAGUUAGGAAACUUGCAUCAGGAAUACUCACCUCAGAAGAAAAUCGACCUGCUCCUCAAGACAUGCAAGAUCAUAUAUGAGUCCAUGUCUGUGGGCUGCCCAGGAAAGCCUCAUGGUGCAGACGACUUCCUGCCUGUACUGAUGUAUGUACUGGCUCGUUGCAACAUGACUGCACUGCUGCUGGAUGUGGAGUAUAUGAUGGAACUGAUGGACCCUGCACUACAGCUUGGAGAAGGCUCAUACUAUCUCACCACCACAUACGGAGCUCUGGAGCAUAUCAAAAACUAUGAUAAGCAGGCAGCUUCCAGGCAGCUGAGUUUGGAAAUCCAGGACUCUAUUCAUCGGUGGGAGCGUCGCCGCACUCUUAAUAAGGCCCGUGCCUCACAGUCUUCCAUACAGGAUUUUAUCACUGUCUCUUUCUUGGAGGCAUGUUCUAACACCAAGACUCUGGGGGUGGAUCCCAACACCACUGCUCAGGACCUGAGUGCCCAGUGUGCAGAGAAGUUUGGUGUAAUGGAGCCUGACUCCUACUGUCUGAGUGUGCUAGUGGACGGCCACUACCGACCCCUGGCUCCUGAGGAGUUACCACUCUCUAUCAAAUCCAGCCUGCACCACAGUGAGCCACGCAAAGAAUAUUACUUUGUGUACCAGCAUGGACGCUGGCCAGGACAGGAACCUGACAAGCAAAGAACGCAUACCCCUGAACCAACACCUGCCAAGGAGGAGAGUUUGAUCUGAAGGAAUUACAGCAAGCCAAUAAGCCUGAUAGAUUAGUGACUUACACAAUCUGUGAGCUCCUAUUACAGAAAAUAAAACAACCUGCAAUAAAUAUCACUAUCACCAGAAUAACAGAAUGCCAUUAAUGAACUGAACUGGGACUUUAUUGUAAUUCCAUCCUGGCACCAGGUCUACUCCAUCGUUGCACUUUGACCUAUGGCAAGAAUGUAAGAAUGUUUUGGAUUAGUCAUUCUUUAAAAUAACCCAUAAUGUCAAUGAGUACAAUAAACACCAUGAGUAUCUUUAGUCUGUAUAUCUGUACUUAAAGGUACAACAGACACAGUUUGUUGUGUGUACUCUAUAUAGUGAAUGUACUUAAGGAUUAGGAAUUACAGCAAAACCCCUGGAGCAAGUCAAUCAUCACCUGAUUUUGACUUCAUAAGGAGGCUUUAAAAGUGACUUCUGUUUGAUAAAUUUGUCAUUAGCUUCUCCUAUACUCAGCUGAGUAGUUUCCUAGAACAGACACACACACACACACACACACACACACUCACACACACACACCAAAAACUAAUUUGGCACUGGUUUGAUUAAUUGAGCAGGAAUUCUCCAGGAUCCAAUUAAAUGACUUUUUUGAGUCACCAUAACUCCUUUUACUAUAACAGAUACUGACACCCUUACGUCACUCUGGUAAGGUAAUGUUUUAAGACAUCACAAAAGUACAGUAUCUUUUUCAGAAAUCAAUUCAGACUUUUAGAUAAAAUAGCUCAUGUUUAGAUUAUAGCUGACAAACCAGAAGUCAUGUCUUUUUCAUUAUUUUGAAUAUCCUGUUAUUUGCAUGACAACUUUACCUGGGACUUAAAUUUUGCUAUUGCUACUUUGUAUUGGUUAUUCUUCCUAUAAUGUUUCCUCCUGAAUUCAGAUGUUCUGGAUAAUGUUUCUACUUAUAAAAACAGUGAGCACAUGAAUAAUGCUUGUAUGUAUGACUCAAAUCGCUUAAACAUUUGUAUAUAUGACUCAGGGGUGAUUAAUUGCAUUUUCAGUAUGUGAUGUAUCACAAUUGAAAUAUAUAACAAUUUAAAUCCAGACAGAGCAAGCCGGGUUUUUUUAAUCUGUAUACAAUUAAAGUAUCCUUUCUUGA